CCUCUCCUCGCCCUUGUUUCCUGCGCUUUCCGGACAGCAACCGCAGGAGCACACAGACAUGUCGGGUUCGGAGGAGUCGGUUCGGGAGUUCAGGGCGGUCACGGACGUGGACGAGGACCGGGCCCGGUUCUUUCUGGAGUCCGCGGGCUGGAACCUGCAGUUGGCGUUGGCCAGUUUCUUUGAGGAUGGAGCAGAUGAAGACGACAUCGUGACACUUCCACAACCUGAAGGAGGCUCCAGUGUGUCCAGGUCCACCGGACCCAGCGCUCAGCCCAGGGUGACGUCGUUCAGGGACCUGAUGCACGAGGCCGAAGACGACAGCGACGAAGAGGAAGGUCAAAGGUUCUUUGCGGGGGGGUCAGAGCGCAGUGGGCAGCAGAUCGUGGGGCCUCCGAAAAAGAAAAGUCCAAAUGAAGUGGUGGAGGAUUUGUUCAAAGGAGCGAGAGAACACGGAGCCGUGCCCCUGGACCGCAGCGGAGCGCCCGGGGUCAGCGGCCGCGCGCAGGCGUUCGUGGGCGGGGGUUAUCGUCUCGGGGCGGCGCCAGAGGAGGAGUCUGCAUAUGUGGUGGGAGAAAGACACGGGAACAGCCACCAACAAGACGUUCAUGUGGUGUUGAAGUUGUGGAAAAGCGGCUUCAGUCUGGACAAUGGAGAACUGAGGAACUACAGCGACCCCGGGAACGCCGGCUUCCUCGAGGCCAUCCGCCGAGGGGAGAUUCCUCUGGAGCUGAGGCAGAGGGCGAGGGGGGGGCAGGUGAACCUGGACAUGGAGGACCACAGGGACGAGGACUUUGUCAAACCUAAAAUGGCCUUCAAAGCUUUUGGAGGAGAAGGACAGAAGCUCGGCAGCGCGACCCCGGAGCUGGUGUCGGCUCCGCCCUCGCAGAAGGACCAGGCGGUGGCCGAGGCUCAGGCCAGCGCCUCCGUGACCCUUGACCCCUCGACCCCCGUCACCAACAUCCAGAUCAGACUCGCCGACGGAGGACGACUCGUGCACCGCUUCAACCACACGCACAGGGUGUCUGACCUGCGUGCGUUCGUGUUGGCGGCGCGUCCGGCGAUGGCGGCGAGGGAGUUCGUUCUGAUGACCACGUUUCCAAACAAAGAGCUGAGCGACGAGAGUCAGACGCUGCAGGACGCAAACCUCCUGAACGCCGUCAUCGUCCAGCAGCUAAAGUAGAACCCACCACAAGCCCCGCCCCCUCGCAGGAGGAGGCCACACCCCCUCGCAGGAGGAGGCCACGCCCCCUCGCAGGAGGAGGCCACGCCCCCUCGCAGGAGGAGGCCACACCCCCUCGCAGGAGGAGGCCACACCCCCUCGCAGGAGGAGGCGGGGUCUGGACUCUGGUUUUGUUUUUCUAAAGAUGAAUCUAAUGUUUUUGUUUCUCCUCCAGAGGAAAGGUCAGAGGUCAGAGGGUUUGGGGGUCAGAGGUCAGUGGUUUCAUGGUGUGGACGUGUUUGGACCUUCAGAACCUUCAGGACCGUGUCAGGAGGGUCUGAGGUGUGUGGAGGUCAUCGAAAACACACCAACACGACGUCCUGAGGUCCUGAGGUCCUGAGGUCCUGAGGUCCUGACCCAAACAUGUCCACACGGUGAAGGCAUCUGCUGAGGCUUUAAGAACCCAAAGAACUCUGAUCUGAAAUGAGGCUGUAGCUGCUUUAAAUGCCUCCUCCUCCUCUUCCUCCUCCUCCUCCUCUUCUUCCUCUUCCUCCUCUUCCUCCUCUUCCUCCUCUUCC